UGAAUCAGUCAAUGAGUGGCACUGCUCCCAGCGAGUCGCUCCAGAGCGUCUAUAAAUAAAGCUGCCGAAGCAGAAAGAUCGCGGCCGCGAGUUAUAAAACACCGAUUAGAAGUGCAUUUCACCACGUGCCUGGCGGACCCUUCAAUGACCAGCCAGAAGGAGGGAAACGGCAGCUCUCCGAGCGAUGCCAAGAGAAAUGGACAUGCGGACACGGAGGCGGCGACGGCUGGCGGAGAUGACGACAACUCACUGGACGCAAUUCUGGUGCGGAUCGGCCAAUUCGGGCGCUAUCAGAUCAUCAACUAUGUUCUGCUCUGCAUUCCCAUGCUCUUCAACGCGUUCUUCUCCAUCUCCUAUGUUUUCACGGCGAGCACAGUGGUCCACAGGUGCAACGUCCCCCAGUGCGAUAGUCUCAGCACUGUGUACGAGGAAGACUGGCUGAACUUUACCAUCCCCUACAAGAACUCCGCCUUGGAUGCCUGCCAUCGCUACGCGGUCAACGAGACUCUGAUCACUGAUCCAUCUUCAAGUUACUGCGACAAGGACUAUUUUACCAAUGUAUCGGAGGGCUGCGGACAUGACUUUAAGUUCAGGGACGAGGAAAAGACUAUAUCAACUGAGUUCGGAAUAUACUGUAAUGACGAGUGGAAGCUUUCCAUGGUGGGCACCAUAAACAAUGUGGGCCAGUUUGUCGGCAUACCUCUUGGAGGAUUCUUCGCAGAUAGGUUCGGUCGCCGCACCAUGCUUGCUGUAGCCGGCUCCCUGAGCGCCGUAAUGGGCGUGAUUCGUUCGCUGUCGAGCAACUACUCCAUGUUCCUGGUGUUCGAAUUCCUGGACAUGGCCGUGGGCAGCACCCUCUUCCCCACCGCCUUCCUGCUGGCCAUCGAACUGGUGGGUCCCAAGCGGCGAGUGGCAGCGGCCACGAUUAUCACCAUCUUCUACGCUCUCGGGGAGGCCUUCCUCGGGUUCCUGGCUUCCCACGUGCAACACUGGCGCUGGCUGCUCCGAGUGCUCUACGCCCCCGCCGUGCUCCAGAUCCUGUUUCUGUGGAUCCUGCCGGAGAGUGUUCGGUGGCUGCUGAGCCAGGGCGCCGAGGAGAAGGCCGCCAACGUCCUGCGGCGGGCCGCACGGAUCAACAAGCGAUCGUUGCCCGAGGAGCAGGUGGAGGAGCUGUUGGCCUCCAACCGACAGAAGCUCAGCCAGGCCAACGAGAGCCAGUACCCGAUCAUGAGGGCCGUGCGCUUCUUUUCCCUGCGGAUCGCCAAUUGUUGCCUUUGCUGGUUCACCCACACGCUGAUCGCCCUGGGACUUAGCCUCAACUCGGUUAACCUGGGCGGCAACAAGUACACCAACUUUAUGCUGAACGGCUUCAUCCAGAUUCCGGGCCUGCUGCUGCCCUUGGUCAUCAUGGAUCGCGUUGGCAGGCGCUACUCGCUCUGCGCCUCAAUGCUGCUCUGCGCCAUCUGCAUGGGCGCCUCUGCGGGUGUGCCAGAAGAUAACUACGCGGGUUCUCUGACCCUGUUCCUUAUUGGAAAGCUGGCCAUCACCUGCAGCUUCCAGAUCCUGUACUUCUUUACGUCGGAGAUCUUUCCCACCAACGUGCGGAACAGCCUUCUGUCCCUCUGCUCCAUGGUGGGACGCAUUGGCUCUAUGUUGGCUCCGCAAACUCCUUUACUGGCCAAAUACUAUGUCUAUGCCCCGCAGAUACUAUUCGCUACCUUCGCUCUGAUCAGCGGCUUCCUGACUCUAGCAUUCCCCGAGACGGCGGACAAGGUGCUUCCCACGACCAUGGAGGAGGCCCGAGACCUAAGCCUGGCCAAGCGCCGGGGUCAGGGGGUUGAGGGGGAAGAGCUGGGGGAGGGGACUGCACCCAAGGUCUCCCAAUAA